CAAACUCAUAAUAAAGCAUCUUUCUCUUGUCUUCUGUUUUUCUUACAAGUGUCCAUUGCUUCUUAACUCUUCUUACGGUUUUCUAUUAUAUUUCAUUAUUUUAUUUCUAACAAAGCAUUUGCUAUAGCCGCCUCUCUCUCUCUCUCUCUCUGUGUAUUUUUCACCUAUCACAAAACUCAUACAACAAGAAGAACUAGAACGCAAUAUUAACACUAGUUUCAUCCUUCAAGAAGCUUUGUUCUUUUGCUAGCUUUGUUUUCAUCAUCAUCUGCAAGAAAAAACUAUUCACCAUGGAUUGGUACUAUGGAUGUGGAACGAACGAUUUCGUUGUACCGGGCGAUCAAGAUUUAAUGGCUAGGCAUCCAUCACCAGAAAAUUGGUCAAAAUGGGGAAUAAAUACACCUGAAGGUUACAAUUCACCUAAAAAUUACAUGACCAUGGAUUCAAAUACAACAGAAUUAGAAUUCAAUUUCAACAGUGAAAGUUUCCGUGACGGAGUCAAGUUCGAAUCAUCUUCCUAUGAUAAAGAUCAAUCUAGCAGUUCAAGUGUAUGUGGAGGAUUGACUGAGCAAUCUUUUCAACAAUCACGUCAUCAGCAUCAGCAGAAUCAGCUUCAAGAACUAUCAUCAAGCUUCGAGCAGACCACCGAUGACAUAUUCUUGGAUUCGAUACUAGAAGAUUUUCCCUGUGCUGAAAACUCAAACAAGUCCUUUUACUUUUAUCCUGAAAACCAAUGCAGCAAUACAGCUGGUGAACUGCAGAAUGAUAUUGCAGCUUCCGAGUAUCUUACAUGCAACUCUAAUUCUGAUGACCUCUUGAACAUAGAGACACUCCAAAUCUUGGAUCAUUCUGAGCAAUUCAGUGGAGAUGAAGCAAUGCAUAAACACUCGUCUAUUGAAGAAUCUACACUACAGAAUCUUGAGGCAAUAAUUUCACAGUUCAAUGACAAGACUCGAAUUCACUUCCGCGAUGCACUUUACCGCCUUGCCAGAGAUACAAAACAUCAGUAUGUAGCUGAGGACCUGGAUGGUGAUGUUAGCAUGCAAGAGGCAAUGCCAUGGGCAGUUCACAAUGAAGCCUUGAGGUCUGACGACAAGAAACAAAUGGAAUCAGAGACCAACAGUGUUGACAGAGCGGUUGCAAAUCUCAUGUUCAACGGAACCGCAUAUUGUGAAUGCUGAACCAACUAAGAGAUUGUUCAUGCUAAAAUUGGUUAGGCAAUGCAAUUCUGAGGUGAAAGUUAUAAGAAGUAAUAACCAAAAACCAAUUCCCUGUAAUUAUUAAGUACUUUGUACCAGAAAUUAUAUGUAUUAUGUAAGUCUUGUCCAAGGAUAUAGCUGUUUCCACCCAGCUCAAUUUUGGUUGUAAUGUAAGUUAAGAAGUUUAUUAGCUAUGCUAGAGUAAGAAAUUUUAGGUUUGAACAACACCUAGUUUUUCUUCUGAGUGUUGAUGAGUGAACUUAUUAAUACCUUGAUAUUUUGUUUGAAUGUAAAUGAGUGAGUUUAUAGACCAUUUUUUUGGCAAACUUGGGUAAGGUCAUAAUUUUA